AUGGCCUGUCUCCUCCGAGCCCCCGGCCUCCAUCGGAAAACAGAUGACGCCCCCUCCCAACUCCCUACGUCUUCUGAGAAGGACAAAGAGUCUGGCUGGCUGCGGACCCUGGCCAGCUCCAGCAAGGUUAGCCUUGGCUGCGUUCACCCUCGCCAGCGCCUCUCCGCUUUCCGACCCUCCCCUGCGGUGUCCACGAGUGACAAAGAGCUCUCCCCGCACCUCCCGGCCCUGAUUCGAGACAGCUUUUACUCCUACAAGAGCUUCGAGACGGGUGUGGCCCCCAAUGUGGCCCUGGCACCGCCGGCCCAGCAGAAGGUUGUGAGCAGCCCGCCAUGCGCCACCGUGGUCUCGCGGGCCCCUGAGCCUCUGGCCACCUGCCUCCAGCCACGGAAGCGGAAGCUGACUGUGGACACCCCCGGAGCCCCGGAGACGCCAGUGCCCUUGGCCGCCCCAGAGGAUGACAAGGACUCAGAGGCUGAGGUGGAAGUGGAGAGCAGGGAGCAAUUCACCUCCUCCCUGUCCUCACUCUCCUCCCCAUCCCUUACCUCAUCCAGCUCCGCCAAGGACCUGAGCUCCCCCAGUGUGCACGCCCCGCCCGCCGCGCCCGCUGCCCCUGCGGCUGCGGCCCCUGCCCACACCGCGCGCGGCGGCCUGGAGGCCGAGGUGGAGCAUCUGCGGCAGGCCCUGGAGGGCGGCCUGGACACCAAGGAAGCCAAAGAGAAGUUCGUGCACGAGGUGCUGAAGAUGCGUGUGAAGCAGGAGGAGAAGCUGAGCGCCGCGCUGCAGGCCAAGCGCAGCCUCCACCAG